AUGCAGCUCAAGUACACGCACAAGGAUCUGCCAGACGGCCGGAGGCAGCUGGAAAUCAUGGUGCCAAGGCGGCAUGGGCAGCUGUGCUAUGAGGACACCAUGGCGGAGUUCAGGCAGAAGCUGAAGGUUGAGGGGCACGCCAUCGGCAAGGCUCCCGACUCGGCGAUCAUCGAGCAGCUGGGUGGCGAAGACGCGGUGCAGAGCAUGGUGUUGAAUCAGACGGUGUCCUGCGCCAUCGCAGAGGCCGCCGAGAAGUUCAUGCCUGACAGGCAUGCCUGGCAGUUUGACCCUGGAUCGGAGCUGCUGGGGGUGGACUACACCGAGUCCGGGGACAUGCUGGUCAACGUCUCCUUCGAGCCUGCGCCCAAGCCUGUCUGGACCGUCCCCUACCGGGAUCUACAGGUCAAGGUGCAAAAGGUCAAACCUGGGCCGGAGGCGGUGCAGGAGCGUCUGGAGAGUCUGGCCAAGGAGAGGGCCAUGCUUGGGAUUGUGAUUGGCAGGGGCCUGCAGCGCGGGGACAGCGCCAUGUUGUCCCUGGCCGCCACGUUUGAGGACGAUGAGGCCCCCACCCCGCCCGACUCGGUCUGGAGCGACCUGCGGCUGGAGACGGGCAACGAUGCCUUUGACGCCUACUUUCCUGGGCUCAUCCAGGCUCUUGAGGGCAUGAAGGCGGGGGAGCAGAAGGCGUGCACCCUCACCCUCCCCACCAGCACGGACUUCUUCCCUGUGGAGUGGCGGGGGAGGACCGCCUCCCUCCAGCUGCACCUCAAGGAGCUCUUUGAGCGGCGACCUGUCGAGCUGGACGACGCCUGGGCGGCCAGCUUGGCGCCCGGGCAACCCAUGGACCUGAAGACGCUGCGCUCCUACCUCAGCCAGGCGGUGGAGGGGGAGGCAGAGCUGGCCACACACCGUCUGGAGCUGGAGUCGGUGAAGAAAGCGGUGGCGGCAAACAUGGAGUGCGGCUGCCCGGAGUACCUGGUGAGGGGCGUGGCCAUGCGUCUGCUGCAGUGCCGCCUGCGCGACCUGCAUGACGAGGGCGUGCUCAGUGCCGCCCAGGUGUCGGCCCUCAGCUCCCAGGACAACGCUACGGACUUUGCAAAGAAUAACCGGGCCGAGGUGGAGGAGGCGCUGAGGUCUCAGGUCGGACUGGAGCACAUAGCGGAGAGCGAGGAGCUGCUGCCGUCUGAGAAAGACGUCCAGGCGCGGUACGAGCGGGUGGCUGGUGAGCUGGGCGAGCAGAGCCAGCCGCUGCAGGACCCCAAUGUCAGGGAGCACAUCACAGAGUUCCUCAUCACUGACAAUGUGCUGGAGUGGAUGAAGGAGCGGGGCAUCCUGACCGUCGAGUGA